GAAUGCAUAAAGUACUGAAACUUGAAGACCAAAGUAAAUAUUUUGUAGAAAAACCUGAACUAUUCAAGCUUUCAUUCUAUGUAAACCCGUGAAGUUUAAUUUUUAUUUUUAUUUUCUUGCCACGUGAUUGCUUGUGUUCCAGUUGCAUAUUGGAAAUAUUCUUCCAUUGUUAAUCUACUAGUGAGAGAGAGGGAGAGACGACUUCUUAAGGUGUCUUGGAGAUAUGAAGAACAAGAAGCGCAAAGCUCAGGGAAAGCCGGAUGCGAGCGACGACAUGACGGCUGCCAAAGAUCUCCAUGAGAAUCAACAACCGAUCACCACGAGCGCCGUUUUGGCAAGCAGUGGUCAAUGUUUCGGGUUCCGGAGCACAUUCGCAAGGUCGAUGAGAAGGCGUACAACCCUCGGGUCGUCUCGAUCGGUCCUUUACACUGGGGCCGGCAGGAGCUGAGGCCGAUGGAACCUCAGAAGCUGAGGCUGUACAAGCGUCUCAUGAAACAGAUCGGCGAUGAGGACCGCGAGGUGGCUCUCCAGACUGCAAUCAAGAAGUUGGAAGGCAGGGCGAGGAGUUGUUACUCAGAGGAGUUCAAACAUAUCGACAGCAACCAAUUCAUCCAGAUGAUGGUUCUCGACGGUUGCUUCAUCGUCGAGCUCAUGCGGUUGUAUCACAAGAGCAAUCAGCAAUUUGAAUAUGUGGAAGAACCGAUAUUUGCGACGAGAUGGAUGCUUCCCAACAUCACCAGAGAUCUGCUGAUGCUCGAGAACCAGUUGCCCUUUUUCGUGCUGAAGCAAAUCUACGAGCUGACCACCUCCGGUGAGGAAGAAAACUCGCUAAACAAGCUCGCGCUCCUGUUCUUCGAGCCUCUAGGACCCCAGAAGGGCGAAUACAGCGAGAUAAAGCUGCAAGACGAAAGGCAGCAUCAUCAUCUCCUCUGUCUAUUUCACUCUAGUUUCGUCCCGAGUGAUUACCAUCCUCGAAGGUCCCGCAGGGCGAGAUGGAACAGACACGAUAAUUUUCCAGGCAAGUUUUGGCUGCAAGAAGUGAGAAUACUUCGCAGAUGCGGCGUCAAGUUCAAGAGGAAUACCGGCAACCUCCUCAACAUAGAAUUCGAGGACAGGGAGCUCCGAAUCCCAACCCUGUUCGUCGACGACUGCACAGGGCCCUUGCUUCGGAACUUGGUGGCUUAUGAACAGUGCAAUGCCUUUGCCGCCCCGUAUUUCACCUGCUAUGCAAUCUUCCUCAACAGCAUCAUCGACGUGCCGAAGACAUCGAGAUCCUUCAGGAUGCGGGGAUCAUAGUACAGUCCGAGGCCGUGGACGAAGAGGUGGUGAACCUAGUCAAUAGCCUCACGAAGGAGCUCGUGUUCGAUUUGCACGACAUGAACGACUGCUACAUAGCAAAGCAGAUCGAAGAUAUCAACGCCUUCUGCAAAUCUUGGACAAGUAAAUGCAUCUAUCAGCUCUCGCGCAUAGAUUUCGUGAGUCUAGGGUUUUCGUUCCUCCCUUCGUUCAAGUAAUCGCACGCGCUGUUAUCUUAGUCCUCCUUCACGCGACACGAAUCACCUUCAUAUCUGUUUCAGAGACUAAUUCUUUGUACUAAUUCAAUACUCAUGCACUAAUUGGUGAGGAUAUUUUGUUCAAAGCACAUCGUAUUUGAUGGAUUACUCAAAUUUGGCUGCAAAUGGAAAAAGCUUGUGAUCUG